AUGGGCUUCGAGCAAAGCCCGCACGAGGCGGCCGUCUACCGGCGGGGCAAUGGAGGAAAUGUCCUGGUGGUGGGCGUCUACGUCGACGACUCGGUGAUCACUGGCACCAAGGUUGUGGAGGUGGCGACGUUCAAGGAAGAGAUGAAGGCCACCUUCCAAAUGAGUGACCUGGGGCCUCUCUCCUUCUACCUGGGGAUCGAGGUGCAACAGGACGACUCCGGGAUCACACUUCGGCAGACCGCCUACGCCAAGUGCGUCGUUGAGCUAGCUGGGCUCACCGACUGCAACCCAGCUCUCACUCCGAUGGAGGAGAGGCUGAAGCUGAGCCGUGAUAGCAGGGCAGAGGAGGUGGACGCUACCCAGUACCGACGUCUUGUGGGGAGCCUUCGCUACCUUGCCCACACACGGCCGGACUUGGCGUUCUCCGUCGGCUACGUUAGUCGGUUCAUGCAGCGACCGACGACGGAGCACCAGCAGGCUGUGAAGAGAAUCAUCUGCUAUGUUGCGGGGACUCUCGACCACGGCCUCUACUACUCGAGGUGCCGCGGAGUGGCACACUUCAUCGGGUAUAGUGACAGCGACCAUGCCGGCGACAUUGACACCAGCAAGAGCACCAGUGGGAUCCUCUUCUUCCUUGGCAAGUGCCUCGUCAGCUGGCAGUCGGUCAAGCAGCAGGUGGUAGCUCUGUCCAGCUGUGAGGCCGAGUACAUUGCGGCCUCCACCGCUUCGACUCAGGCGAUCUGGCUCACUCGACUGCUCGGUGAUCUCCUCGGCAGAGACGCUAGAGCGGUGGAUCUCCAAGUGGACAGCAAGUCUGCUCUGGCCCUGGCAAAGAAUCCCGUUUUCCAUGAACGGAGCAAGCACAUCCGGGUGAGGUACCACUUCAUCUGA